AUGAUGGGAAAGAUGCGCAAGUACCGCUGCAACUUGAGAAUGCCCUUAUUGAAUCUACAAAGCCGCAUCGCCAUCAAGUUCUGUUUCGCCGCGUUAAGCAUACUUUUCACUAUUGGUUACAUACUCUUUGUAGAUAAACCCCACCGUAUGGCUUUGCAACGACAUCCUCAACCAGAAUAUGGAGCAUUGCCAGAGGAUUCAUAUGAGUACACCGAACGUUUCGUACAAUAUUUGGAAAAAUUCGGAAAAGAUUACAAGGAUAAGAAGGAACUACUGCGGAGGUUCAAAAGCUACGAGAAGCAUAUGAGGGAGAUAGCCCAGUUAAACAGAAAUAACGCUAAUGGUGCAAUCUAUGGAGAGAACGAACUGAGUGACUGGACUGAUGAAGAGUUUCAAAAGUCCCUUCUACCUCUUUCUUUCUACAAACGACUUCGCGAAGAAGCAACCUUUAUCCGUAGAGAUCCUCCAAUACUUGAACGCGCUAUGCCACCUCCGGAUUUCUUCGACUGGAGAGCAAGAAAUGUCGUCUCUCCAGUCAAGGCGCAGGGAAAAUGCGGUUCAUGUUGGGCUUUUGCCGCUACUGCUACAGUCGAAGCUGCUUGGGCUAUUGCGCACAAGGAAAUGAGGAAUCUUUCGGAACAAACGCUUUUGGACUGCGAUUUAGCUGACAAUGCUUGCGAUGGCGGAGAUGAGGACAAGGCAUUCCGUUAUAUUCACCGUAAUGGCCUCGCCUAUUCGGCUGACUUGCCAUAUGUAGCCCAUCGACAAAACACUUGCAGUAUCACUGGUAACACUACUAAGAUACAGGUCGCCUACUUCUUGCAUCCCGAUGAACAAUCCAUGAUUGAUUGGCUGGUUGGAUUUGGACCGGUGAACAUUGGUAUUGCAGUAACUCCGGACAUGAAACCCUACAAAGGAGGGGUUUUCAGACCCAGUGCUGAAGACUGCAAGAAUAAGGUUGUUGGACUUCACUCACUCCUGAUUACCGGAUAUGGAACGAAUGACGCAGGCGAGAAGUAUUGGAUUGUGAAAAAUAGUUGGGGAAAUACUUGGGGAGUCGAACAUGGAUAUGUCUACUUUGCUAGGGGUAUCAAUGCAUGUGGAAUUGAGGACGAACCUAUAGGAGUUUUGGCCUGA